GAAACUUGCUUUUUUCAAAGGAGAGGUCACGCUCAAUAACAAAUCGUACGUCAAGGGACACGUUUCUCUUACAGUUUGUCGUUUUCACCUGUCUUGUCAUUGCCUUCUCUUCCCUCUCCAAUAAAGAUCCAAAACCCAGCCAAGAAACCAUAGUUAACUAACUAGCUGCUAACUUCUAAAAAUCUCACAGAAAACUUCUCUCUCAGUCGAGAAAUCAUGGUCGUCCCUCUCAGUGCCAUCCCUCCAUCUCGCUAUGGGUUUUACGCUAUCAACAACCAGUUUCUAGCAAACGGGCCAAAAGGGUUUCAGGAGUUGAAGACGUUGGAGAACGGUGACAUGUUUAUUCGGUUGGACUUACCCGGCGUUCCAGAAGACGCCAUGAAGGUUGUGGUUGAUUCGACCAAGAAAGCUGUCACCGUCUUCGCCCUCGCACCAAAGGAGCACAGACACGACUCCUCCCCUCGGAACUACCUCUACACUACAGGUCUCGUCUGCAAAUGCUGCGAGGUUACGGCAGUAGCGGCACACAUGUCAGAUGGUGUUCUCAGGCUUCUCCUCUCCAAGACUCAAAUCUCAACUCAACGCCCACCUUUUAUUGGUGGUGUCCCAGAUUCCGGACAAGAUCACUGUUGGACUGGUUCUCACAAAUUUCCUAAUGGCACGGAUCCACAUGAUCCGGUGUUAACGGGUCGGGUAUUGCAGCCACACCCAUGGGUGAAGCAAGGAUCUUUGAUGGCUUAUGAGUCCAAGCAGCUCGUAAACGGAUGCCUAUACGUUCGUGUAGACAUGCCGGGGGUUCCCAAAGAGAUGUUCACGGUCUCCGUCAAGAGUGGGAUAGUGAUGGUGACUGGUGACGCUCCUUCCGUUAGUUACGACUCAGGGGGCCGGUUCUACUCUGGUGAAGUGGCUUUGCUCUCCACUCCUAUUGACAUUCCUAUUCGUCAGAUCAAAAUAAUCAGCAAGAACGGUGUGAUCCGUUUAAUCAUUCCUCCCGCUUGAUUUUUGAUGAUGUUAUAAUGUUUGUGUGCGGACCUCUUCUUUGAGGAUGAUGUCGUUUAUUUUGGGAUAUGUCGUUUUUAUGAGUUAGACCAUAAGAAAGCUUUGGAUGCGUUGCUUGUAAUAAAAUACAAGAUCUUGCGUCAGAUCAAAUAAAGAAAGUUUACUGUG